GCACUUUUUAGUGUGUUGGUGACAAAGGCAAGACACAGUUCAAAUUACUCAGAUAUCAAAUGGAAGAACCAAAGGCAACGCCACAAACCCAAAUCCCAAAUCCUCCUCCGAACUCUGUCAGAACUCCCCCUCAUCUUCAAUCAAAGACCAAGAAGAGACUCCUUGACAGUGAUGCCCAAAACUCCAGCUCCUUCAAGAUUCGUGCACUCCUCAGAGACAUUCGUCCUAAUGUUCUUGAGGUUCUCCGGACGCCUGACUUUCAGAAGUGUAAGGCAGCCAACAAAAUUCAAGAACAGGUGAAGCUUCUGAUGGAACUAUACAAACAGAUGACACCAGAAGCACUUUCUGCACCAAGGUUUAACAAUGAGCCAGAAGGACAGCUUUCAUCUGGUGCCCCAUCAAAACAUGAGCUUCCUUCAGGUGUAUCUGGUCAGAAUCAGCAGGCUGAAGAUGGUCAAAAUAAAGAGACGUAUGUUGUUGGAGGAUCAGCUUUUGGCUGGAACUUCAUCACCUUUUCCAGCAUGGAACCAGUCUAUUAUGGUAUGACAAAGGAGUCGUUUCGAACACAAGCAGCAAAGCUGACAAGUGGAUAAUCCGACAAGUGAAAAAUUGCUUUCGCUGCUAUAGUGAUCAGAUGAUGUUUCAUAAAUGGAAAGCCUACCCUCAAUAUUAGUAUAAAGUGGUUGAGUUGAUGAUUUGAUCAAUUGCAUUGGGUGAGUUGAUGAUUUCAUUAGGUAGUUGAUAGAACUUAACACCCAUUUUAUAUAUCAAAAGAGGAUAACUCAGUGAGAAGGAUGUAAAACUCCUAUUUGUUUAGUAUGUCAUUUGGGUUCUUG